AACCACUAAAUCAUGAGGAUAAUUCUGUUUUGUGCCAGUGCGUGCCUGUUAAUUGCGAUAUGCAGCUCCAGGGAAAUAAAGAAGGACGAAGAAAAUCACGAUUUGGAAUUAGCGGAAUCCAAACACCAUCACGAAUCGGGUGGUGGAUCUUCGCACCACGGGGAUCACCAUAGCAGUCAUGGUGAUAAAGGCGAUAAAGGAUACAAGUCAAUGCAUCACCACGACAAAGGAGGUCAUGGUAAGCACGGAAAACACCACCACGCAAGUCACCACGCUGAAAAAGGAGGUCACCACAAGUCUCACCACGAUGAAGCCGGCCACUACGGUGAACAUCAUUCCUCUGGUAAAAAACACAAGGGCGGCAAAUGGGGCGGUAAAAAGGGACACAAGAAAGGACAAAAGACCACUGGAUUCCACCACAAGUCCCACAAAGACGACUACCACAAGAACCACAAAUUCUACGAUGAUCACCACGUUGGAGGCCACCACUCCAAGCACGGUAGUUUCCACGGUCACCACGGGGGUGAGGAGGGUCACCACAAGAAGGGAGGCAGUCACAAAAGCGGCUACCAUGACGAUCACUUCGGAAAGAAGGGUCAUUCCGACAAAGGCCACUACGAUGAAGAUCACAAAGGGUACAAAGGUCAUGGAGGUCAUGAAAGUCAUCAUUCUCAUCACUCUGAUUAUGGAAAGAAGGGCGAUCAUUCCGAUGGAAAACAUUGGGGAUUCAAAAGCGAGUAUGUAUUGGAAAUAAAUAAAAUUGUAAGUGAAAUCAACGAAAUACAAUUUAUAAGAAAUGAGGAGCUUUUUGAGCCUUUACAGGAAAAUGAUUACGUUGUCGUUAUACAGGUUCAUAACCGAGAAAAUUACUUAAGGCAUGUCAUAGAAUCUCACUCUAGGGCUAAACAUAUCGAUAAAGUUUUGAUGAUUUUCUCACAUGAUGUUUAUGAUGACAAUAUUAAUGAAAUUAUUGCGAAUAUAACGUUUUGCAAAGUAAUGCAAAUAUUUUAUCCGUUUUCGAUACAAAUAUAUCCAGAUGAUUUUCCAGGGGAUUCACCGAAUGACUGCCCUAGAGACAUAGGCAUACAAAAAGCUAAGGAAAUAAAUUGCACAAACGCCUUUUACCCAGAUUCUUUCGGCCACUAUCGUGAAGCCACGUUUACACAAAUCAAACAUCAUUGGUGGUGGAAACUGAAUAAAGUAUUUUUAAACUUGAGAAUCACUAAAAAUUUUAAUGGAUAUUUUAUAUUUCUUGAGGAUGAUCACUAUGUUACCGAAGAUUAUUUACAUGUCUUAGAUAAAAUGACGAAGGAAUGUUUCAAGUAUGACUGUACUGCCAUGGGUUUGGGUGAUAUAAACGGCGGGAAACAAUAUGGAGAAAUAGAAAAAGUUAAGUUAUCACCCGGGUUUCCAAAUAUGGGUUUGGUUUUCAAGAGGACUUUAUGGAAUCUUAUUAAGUCUUGCGCCAAGACUUUUUGUGAAUAUGAUGAUUACAACUGGGAUGUAACAUUAAAUUAUUUAUACAAUGUUUGCUUAAACAGUAGCGGCCUGACUUUGAGUACUACAAAUAGCAGAGUUUAUCAUAUAGGAAGUUGUGGACUUCAUCACCAUGGCAUCUGUGAUCCAGUCACUCAAAUACAAGGAAUUGAAACUACCUUAAAUCAAUCAAAAUUAUAUCCAAAUAAUGUAAAACUAUCAAAUAUAAGAAGGCGAAAAUCUAAAAUGAAUAAUAAUGGAGGUUGGGGUGAUAUUCGAGAUCAUUACUUAUGCUUUAAAAUGACGUUAUAAAAUGAUAAAUCUACAAAAAUUGUAAUGUACAAUAAAAA